AUGGACGACUCUCUCGACGCUUCCUCCGAUGACAGCACCGUAUCGCUGUCCCCUCUCCCCUUCGGCUCCAACUGGAAGGAGCAGUCGAUCUGGUCCUCGCACCUCAACGUCUACCUGGACAAGCUCGACUUGAUCGAGACGGGAGCAGGGAAGGAGUUGAAGAGAAAACUCUCCCCGCGUCCCUCCACCUCCGGCUCCGUUGCCUCCCUCCACGACGCCUACUCCCCCUCCUGCCCUCCCCUGGACUGGUCAAAGCUCAACUCCAAAGAUGCCGACCAGCUCUGCAACUCGGAGGACAGGUUCCAUCAUGCGCUGCACGGCAGCUACAUCUUCGAUCCUCCCGUGUCCCUUGGGCAGCGGCUCGCACGUGCUGGGCUGAAGACGCCGGAGAGAGGAGGCAGCCGCCUGCUCGAGGUCGCCAUCAGCUGCGAGGAUCUCCCGCUGAACUCAGCUGGGAAGCCGCCGGACACGUCAUGUACCCUGCUCGUCUACUCCCUGCUGGAGAGGAAGUGGGCCGAGGCGUGGGGGUCGGAGGUGGUGGUCCGGUCGCAGGCUCCUGUCUUUCAGCGUAUGCUCAGGCUGAGCUUUCCCGCCGGCGUCGCUCCUGCCGUCCUCGUGCUCUUCGACAUGCAGAAAUCCGGCAAGGGCAAGGGAGGAGGGAGGAAAGAGAUCGGGAGGGUCAAGCUCGACCUUGAGGAGGUUAGCAACUCUUGCCAGCGCUCCUCUAGGAUAGGAAGAGUCACCCUCAGCCUGAAGAAGAAGGGGAAGGAGGAAGAGGGAGAAGAAGAGGAACAGGAAGAGGAGGAGAACGGUGGUGAGCGUCCAGAGCUGGGGAGGGUGACCCUUGGGGUUGAGAGGAUCAAGGACGAAAACCUGGUGUCGACGAGGCUGAGGAAAAUGGCGAGGAACGCCAGCAACGGAGGAAAUGAGCUGCAGACUCCGAACAAGUUCGUCCCUCGCUUCCAGCGUGGCCUGCUGCGGCUGCAGCAGACGGCCAUGGACCUGUUCUGCGACUACAAGACCGUAGACUGCCGCAACGAGAUUAAGUCGAGCGUGAGGAGGAGGGAUCAUGAUAUCAGCCUUCAGGUUUUCCUCAACAUCCUCUCCUACUGCGGCAUCCUGGACCAAAUCUCGUCCAGCGGGCAAGACGAGCUUUCGGAGCUGAUCCCGGAGCAGGAGAGGACGCUGAAGAUUUCGAGGGAGGAGGCAGUCUCCGCGUUCAAGGCGGGGGUGAAGGAGAAGGGGGUUGAGGUUGCCUUGGGCACAUCGAAACUGAGGAGGGAGCAGUUUGAAGAGAGCAUGCGUCAAGUCGUCUCCUUCAUCCACGAUAGGAACGAGAAGAAGUUCGACAAGAACGCGCCGCUGGAGCAGCAAACCUCCGAUUCCCUCGCUCCUCGCUCCUCCACCGCUGUGUCUCCCAGGAGGAGCUUCCUCCUCCGCACGCCUUCAGGGCAGUACGACCGACUGAGCUCCCGGCGGGCCUCAAGGAGCAAGACGCUCACAGACCGUCUGCGGGAGGAGCAUGCGGAGAGGUUGGGGGGAUUUCCAGCUCUACCCCAGGAGGCGACCAGCUCCAGCCUCCCUUCCUCAAGGCUGAACUCAGCGAGGAAGAGUGGAGAGCGAAAGCAUCUCCCGAGUGGCUCUCAGACAGACAGGACUCACAACAGGACCGCCUCCUCCUCUCUCGCUUCGCCCCCUCCCUCCCGCUCUGCUCCCAAGAGGCCACAGACUAGCGGGAAGCCGGUUCCCUUCCUCAGGCAGAGCGAGAUCGGCUCCCUCCUUCUGUACGCGCCCACCAGCCCCAACGUUCAGAUCCGCAAGCUGGUGGCGAAGCCGAUUGCGGCUCUGUCGUCGUCGGAGGAGAGCAGCGGGAUCAUGCAGGAGAACGGAGUGGUGCAGGUACUGGUGGGGAUGCUGAGGGGGCGCGACAAGGAGAUCAUGCUUGACUGCUUCGACGCGCUCUCGCAGCUCGUAAGGACGAGCAGGAGAGCGUGCGAGGACUUCGUGGAGAGGAAGGGGCUCGAGCUCUGCUUCUCCUUCCACCAGGACAGCAGCCCUGCCUGCUCCUCCGCCCUCGACCUCCUCGAAGGAGUCUUACUCUCUUCCUCCUCCUCCGCCGACGUGGGCGAUCGAUUCAGCGAGCGGAACCUCAAGGGGAUUGUGAAGUUUGCCAGUCUCAACGACAACCCGCACGCCGCCAAGAGCUCCAUCCUCCUGAUGCGACUGACGAGGUCGGCGGUGGGGAUGGCAGAGACGUGGGAAGCUCUGAGGGCGGAGGGGGAGAGACACGAGAUCGCUCUGGAGGAGGACGAGCACUCAGGGAUGAAGAUGCUCCUGCGCUGCUUCCGCCUGCCCUGGGUCUUCGAUCCGUGCUCGGAGAAAACGAUCCUCUACCACAGCAUGAAGUACGACAGCACGGAACGAGACUCCAGCUCCUCCAUCGGUCGCAACCUCCUCCUCGCCCUCUGGGCCUUGAUGGCACCAUCCAACGACAACCAGCGGACGUGCGUUGAGGGGCUCGUAAGAGACGGGGCACACGAGGUCUUGUCGGAGGUCCUGCAGGAGAGGGAGGGGGAGAUCAUCGAGGAAGACGACGUCCUCUCCCUCCGCUGCCUGUCGAGAAUGAGCCAGGCGCUUUCCGUGAUGGGGACCGACCUGGUCGACUCCAGCAAGAUUCCCAUCGUCAUGCACAUGCUCAAGAGCGAGCAGCAUGCAGAGCCCUUCUGUUGGCUCGAGGAGGAGGCGCUCCUGCAGAUGAUUCGCUCCUGCCGUUUCCAGAGGAAGGAGGCGAACAGCAUCCUGGCCAGGCAGGAGGACGAGGAGACCAGCUGCUUUCUGAUUGUCUCGGGGAGCGUGCGGGUCAUCUCCUCUGUCAAGAGCUCCACCAAGAUGAACGAGCUCACGACGCUCAAGGGAGGAGCGCUCUUCGGCAGGUCGAGCAUGAUGCAGGGGGAGCCCAGGAACGCCACCCUUCUGGUGCAGGAGGAGGCAGAAAUCCUAGAGAUCUCGCUGUCCUCCUUCCUCCUCUCCCUCGCCCAGUUCUCAUCGAGGCAGGUGAAGUUGAAGGUGCUGAGGAAGAUGAAGAAAGAGGGUCUGCACCCGAACAGGAGCAAGGACGCUGUGUUCAGCUGUGGGAGGGGGGAAGUUCUGCAGGCGCAGAGCAGGAGGGGGAUCUUCUGCCUUCAAGGCUGUCUCGUCCGCGUCCUCCAAGUCCUCCUUCACCGAAUGCCCAAGGUCAGCAAGUUCGAGGAGCAACUCAAAACAGACGACGAGGUCCAGAGCUCGGCAUGCGUGCUGCUGGCGAACGCUUCCCAGCUCCCCGACAACGCUCUGUUUGCGGUUAGGAGGGGAUUCAUGGUGCCUCUGAUGAACCUGCUCUUCUCCUCCUCCUCCUCCAUCUCCAAGAACGCUGAGCUGGCGCUGCUGAAGAUCUUGUCCUCCCACGAGGUCAGGGGAGAGGUGGCCGCGUCCCAGAGGAAGCGGAGGGGAGAGAAGGAGGAGGGCGAGGAGGGCAGCAUCGACCUUUCAGACCUCCUCUCCUCCUGCAUCGCCAAGAAGCUGAGCAUGGCGAUCGCACAUCAGACGUGCAACCUGACCAUGCUCGAGCUGUUGUCCCAUCUCAUCCGCGACAACCGGACGCGCACCAUCUUGUUCCGGAAGCUGACGUGCCCUGGCCUCCUCUUCCUCAUCAAGGACUCCCUCGAUCAGCUGGACCAGGUGGGAGGAGGCAGCGGCGAAGGCUCCUUGUCCUCGGACAUCAUCCUCCCCAGCCUCAAGGCGUUGGAGAUCGUAUCCCGUCAGCAGGAGGUCUUCACUCACUUCCAUGACCCCCUCCUCCUCGACUGGAUCGAGCGACUGGUCCAGCGGUGCCAGCCGCAUGAGGAAGAAGUAUCGCAGACGUUCCUGCUCUUAACCCAUCGCUUCUGCGGCAACAAGAAGGAGAGCGCGAUCCCCGAGUGGUCCAGGCUGCGCUCGUACGAGGCGAGCAAGCAGGCAAGUAAGGCAACCACGUCGGCAGCGAUCAAGGAUGCGCUGUCGAGCAGCAAGGAGAUGAAGAAGUCGAGAAUAUCCCGGCUGAUGAGGAUGGCACAACUGCAGUCCGAGGAGUCGUGGGAGAGCAACUUUGACUGGCUCUUCCAUAGGAAGCAGGACGGGUCGACGAUGCUGCGGGAGCUAGAGAGCUGGCAUGCUGACAGGACCAAGCUGCAGUCGGAGCAGCUCAGGACGGGGCUCGACGCCGUUCUGCAGCUGAACAAGCAGCGGGAGGACAUAACGAGCGUGAUGAAGAGAGUGCUGCAGGCUGCGAUCAGGAGCAGAGACUGCAACGAGGCGCUGAGCAAGCUCCAGGACGCAGGAGUGAUCAACGGCAGCGAUGGCGUCCUCUCCUUUCUCAAUGAGAAGGAGCAGAAGAGGAGGAUGCGGAACUUGCAGAUGGCCAGCAGGCAUGUCUCCUUCCCUGACUCCUCCGCCUUCUGCCGGCUCCCGAGCAGCUUCGGGAGGCGGCUGAGCUCAGAGGACGGGAUGAUCGCGUUCGGAAGCAAGAUAGCAGAGAACGUGAUCAUGGAGAGCAAGCUCAUGCGAUCGCCGACUAGGCACAAUGCCGAUGUUCAGAUGGAUUAUGAGCCACCCAACUGGAAGAACAUCAUCCUGCUCAUGCAAGCAGUUCAGGCCAUGAGGACGCUAGCCAAACAUCGCGGCAAGAAGAAGUACUUCGCCUCUUUGGCUCGUGCCGCUCUCUUCAUCGAGCGGAUAUCGCGCAUUGAUAAGAUGGUCGAAACUCUCUCCAAUCUCAUUCAUAAGCCUCCUUGA